CUCGAUUUGUGAUGCUUUUCUGAGGGUGGUGUUUGAUCACGUGAGCUUUCCACUGCCUCCUGCUCCUGUCAGACACUAGAGUUAGUUGGGCUGCAAGGAAUCAUGGGAAACGUGUCAGGAAAGGGAGAUAUAGUUCAAGACUUCUUGUCGCAAGCCAAAGCAGACUUUAGCAAGAAAUGGGACACGCCAGAGAGUUGUCCUGAGAAGCUUGAUGACUUUGAGAGGAUCAAAACGCUGGGUACUGGGUCAUUUGGACGUGUCAUGCUGGUCCAUCACAAGGCCAAGAAGACCUACCAUGCACUCAAGAUUCUCGACAAGCAGAAGGUGGUAAAACUGAAGCAAGUUGAGCACACGCUCAACGAGAAGAGGAUUCUAGCUGCAAUUCGAUUCCCAUUUCUGGUUAAUCUCGAGUACCAUUUUAAGGAUAACUCGUACCUGUAUAUGGUGAUGGAGUUUGUCCCUGGUGGAGAGAUGUUCUCUCAUCUCAGACGAAUCGGCCGUUUCAGUGAGAUACACUCGAGAUUUUAUGCUUCUCAAAUUGUGUUGGCAUUUGAGUAUCUUCACCAUCUGGACAUUGUGUACAGGGACUUAAAACCUGAGAAUCUGCUUAUCGACCAUCAAGGCUAUGUUAAAGUCACCGAUUUUGGUUUUGCCAAGAAGGUCAAAGGUCGCACAUGGACCCUGUGUGGCACACCUGAAUACCUCGCUCCUGAAAUCAUCCUCUCCAAGGGCUACAACAAGGCAGUGGAUUGGUGGGCUCUGGGAGUGCUUAUCUAUGAAAUGGCCGCUGGUUAUCCACCAUUCUUUGCUGACCAGCCCAUCCAGAUCUACGAGAAGAUUGUCUCUGGAAAGGUACGCUUUCCCUCCCACUUCACGGCAGACUUAAAGGACCUGCUGCGUAACCUGCUCCAGGUGGACCUCACCAAACGCUAUGGAAACCUCAAGAACGGUGUACAGGACAUCAAGAUUCACAAAUGGUUUACCUCGACUGAUUGGAUUUCCACAUACCAGAAAAAGCUUGAUGCACCAUUCACCCCCAAGUGCAAGGGACCCGGAGACCCCAGUAAUUUUGAUGACUAUGAAGAGGAGCCACUGAGGAUUUCCAGUAAUGAGAAAUUUUCAAAGGAAUUCGUCGAUUUCUAGAGACAAUCUUAGAGAUCUUAUAAUGAUGCUAGUGUACUGUACACUCAGCAUACUUACUCUACUCAGCACUCUGUACAAUGAUUGUGAUCUGUUGUGGUAUAAUUAUAGCUCUCUGUAUGUUUUAAUCUUUAGACUUUGUAUUGGUAGACAUACUUGUUCAAAAAAUUCAAGAGUCAAAAAUUGUAAA